AGUCAGUUGUAUUGCGACAGGCGAAGCUUAAACAUGUGGCUGUUGCGCGUAACGUUCGUUUGUGGCCUACUUUCCAUGGCAAUGGCAUUUGGGGACGAAGCUAUCUUUGAGGACGAGGACAUCUACAACCAGGCGCUGCCACCAGUACCGCACACGGGCAUCACAGUGCCGGGAACCAAGUGGUGUGGACCGGGCAACACGGCUGCCAACUUCGACGAUCUGGGCCGGGAGCGCGAGACGGACAAGUGUUGUAGGGCCCACGACCAUUGUGACGAGAUCAUAGAGUCGCAUGGAGCACUUCACGGACUGCCCACCAACAUGGACUGGUUUCCUAUCCUCAAGUGCAGCUGCGAACAGCAGUUCAUCAACUGCCUGCAGGCGGUGAACAGCUUGACCUCCAACACGCUGGGUCGGAUCUACUACGGCAGCAGGAGCAGGUGCUUCGCCAACGGAUAUCCCACUACCCAAUGCAAGCAGUACCAGGCUGGCACGUUUCGCAUGCGAUGCAUCCGUUAUCAGGUGGACAAGUCCAAGGCCAAGGUUUGGCAGUUCUACGACAUGCCAUUCUUCACGAUCUCAUCGUCGAGUGGCUGACCUCGAAACGAAGAUUUGUAGACAGUACAGAAAUUUGAAUUCGCUGAUCAAAAUUUCACGACAUUAGGAGUACUUACUUUUUAUUUCGAAAAAUUGUAAUUUAAGAUUAUUUUUGAAAUCGCACACAAUAUAAUGCAAUAAUAUUUCGAGAUGUAUGCGUACAACAAA